AUGAUUACAACAGGUCUCAUCCUUCAUACUUACCCUGUCAGCCGCAUUCUCCUUUCAUCCUCUACUCUCGCUACCUUAUCAUACACACUAACCAUCUUCAACCAAGCUCGUAACCCUACCAUAUUUCUAUUCAACACUCUCAUCUCAUCUUUUGUUCAAAAAGAGUACACCCAUGCUGCCUUCUCUCUGUAUAUCACAAUUUUCAGUCACCCUACCCUUAAGCCAAACAACUAUACUUACCCCUCCCUCUUCAAGGCUUGUGGGUCCCAUCAGUGGCUAAAACAUGGUCGAGCACUACACGGUCAUGUACUGAAAUUUCUUGACACCCCAUAUGACAACUUUGUUCAAGCUUCAUUGCUUAAUUUUUAUUCUAGAUGUGGCAAAGUUGGUAUUUCGAGGUACUUUUUUGAUCAAAUUGUUGAACCAGAUUUAGCCUCUUGGAACUCGAUAUUAUCAGCUUACAUGCGUAAUGCAACAAUUCCUUUGCUCGCUGAUGCAUGUAAUUUUGGUGGAAAUGCUAGUUUGUCAAUGGAAGUCUUGAAUAUGUUUAGCCGGAUGCAGCAGUCCUUUGUUAAGCCUAACGAAGUUACUCUAGUGGAAUUAAUUAGUGCUUGUGCCAACCUUGGUGCACUCAAUCAAGGAACAUGGGCUCAUGCUUAUGUGCUUGAAGAUGGUGUUCUUGAUCCAGAGACGACUGUAGUUUCUAUAUUCCCAUCUCCGAUGCACUAUGCUGGACCUACCGAGGUACAAUGGCAUGCCAAGGUUUGGAUCAAUGCACAGGGGCGAACUUCUACAUCGUUGUUCUGGACCCAGCUGGCUGAGCCAUCCACUCGAGAAAAGAGAUUUGUUUGA